AAGAAAGGAGGGGCAGUGGACCAUCUGUAGUCAACCGAUGAGACCACAAGAAGUAACCAUGGCUUUGGCGGACGAGAGCAACUUCGCCUUUGUAAAACAGGUGGCCCUGGACUGGCGGGAACUGGUGCGCGAGAAGCGUCAGAGCAUGAUUCUGUCGCCCAUGCAGAGCAUGCUGGCAGAUGAGUCUCAACUGAUGAUGGCGGAUUCGAAGUCCCGGACGCAGUCUAUAAUUCCGGCUGAACGGCGGGAUUCCAGCUUUUACCGGCACCGCUUCUCGCAGCAGCCCAAGGAGCCCAUGGAGAUCGAGCACCGGCAGGGAUCAAUGGACGCGAGUCGCAUUCGGGUCAAUGAAGACGUCGAACUGUUCAUCUACCUGCCGAUCAUAGUCACCGAAUCCGUGCGGGCCUCCGUCUACGCCAUGUCCCCUAUGUCCCCCAGUGACCUCAGCAUUUCCGCCACCCAACUGAAGGACCCAGUCAAUGUGGUGAACCCAGAAACCAAGAUGGAGCCCAUUCUAUCACCAGAGCCCAAGUCACCCUAUAGUCAGUGAAUUUCACGAGAUUCUUUCCAUACGACCCCAAAGAGUAGUCAACACUUUAGAGCAAUAAAUCACUCACAAAAAAAGUUUAAAACUAAAUGUAUUAUACGGCACUCAACCCAAUCAGUUAACAAAUUUAAUUACUUACCACAAUUGUAAAUUUUUACUUUGUCUGAAAGUCUUAAACCAAACUAUCAUACCUGUGUGCCUUCAAA